AGAAUAUCCUCGAAACAUCGUCACACCAUCACUGCCCCUUCUGAAGGCGUGCCAUUAACGGAGGAUCUACAGAAGAGAGCAGAAAAAUGGAUGACAUACUCUCGGCCGCGCUCGCAGAAUCAGGUCUCGAUUUUCUUUGUCAGCAAUCAUCUCCGACACCAAGCACUUCGGGAAGCAUUCAUGAUGACGCCGGCCAGAGUUUCAGUAAUAACACCCAUACACCGUCAGUCUCACAAUUCUUUGAUGAGACAUCGAACGAUAGUCAUUCAUCGUCGGCCUAUUACACACCAAUGGCCACUCCAUUCGUUUCAACAGAAGACGGUGGAGUACCGACUUCAUUCUUCGGAAUGGAUGAAGAAGAUGGUGGAUGCACGAUUAUGACGACGGCUGGAACAAGUGGUAGUAAUAAUAUCGAUGGAAUUGAAGAUGCUGGUGGAGGAAUGUACUAUCCACAUGUGAAAGUGAUUCCGAGGAAACAUACAGCACCAACGGUGAAUCAAUCAGAGCCUUCAACUCCAACCGUCACAAUAGUUCCGAAAAAAGAAGAUCCUUUAUUUGAAACGAAUACGGCUGAUUCACCUACACCUUCCGGUGACACUUCCACGACAGCAUCAUAUGAAGGAAAUGAUGGUUUAGAAGAUCAAGAAACGACAUCAGAUCGACAAAAUCCAAUGUUUGUGCAAACAGCGAGGUCUACAGAUGGUCGACUCGAUACACCAUCCACCUCUGCCACUGUUUCACCUCACAUAACAUCGAGUCUAACUCAGCGAUCACAUACAUCUUCACCAGCAUCGUCUGCAUCUGAAGGAACUGUAGUACCUCCACGGAAAAAGGGUCUUCCUAUAACAACUGGUUCAAUUGUAAAACGAACAGUACAAACGAAAGACGGACUUCAGACGCAGUACCUAAAAGCGUUUGUCAACGAAAACGGUGAAAAGAUCUAUAAACUGUUGAGUCCGGUUGCCGCAUCAGCUGUUGCUCGUGGAACACUUCCACCAGGGAUGGGACGAGGUGGAUCAACGAUUGGUCGUGGAGGUACUAUGGUGAACAAAAAUGGAGAAAGACUGAUGGUAGUUAAAAAUCACGUUGGGCCGAAUGGUCAGAUGCUUGUCAAGAGGAUGGUGUCACCUGCUGGGACAAGAAUUGUGGCGAAUGGUGGACAAGGUAGAGGACAGCCAAUUUAUCGAGCAGUAGAUGGAUCGAAUGGACCAACCCAUCUCCUCCGACGAACCACAACAACUGGUCAACCAACUCGCGGAGCUCCAGUAGGAAUGGCUGCUCGUCACGCAGUUCGUGGUGGAACUGUUUAUGGUGGUGGUAAUGGAUAUCGAGUAAAUCUUGUUGGCCGUGGAACUGGUGGAUCUACAAUGGUUCAUCAUCAGCCACUCAAUCGAAUAUCUUCUCAAAGAUCCGUCGCACCAGUUGGAAGAGUACUUAAUAGAGGUGCUCUGAGAAAUGGAGCUCAACAACCACUUCACGUAUCAACAUCGUCACCAGCUUUCCAUUACAUGGAAGAACAACCAAGUCCCACAACUAAUGGAAUGGUCAUACAAGCCAAGACACCGGGGGCUGGCGUUAUUCAGGCAAGACAUAUGCAAUCCCAACAAAGUUUCCCAUCGGGAGGCCCAGCAAGAGUAUUGAUGAACAGAUCUUCAACCAACGCUGGUCUAUCUCGAAUGGUUGGUGGAGGAUACGAUCAACAACUCCCUACUGCUCCAAAUGGACGACUAAUGAUUCCAUCAACAGCCGUUCGAGUUCCUGGAUCGGGUAUGGCAUCGCCACGGCUUCAAACCACGCCACAGCCACUGACGAAAUCACAAAAAGCGAAAGAUGAAAUGAAGAUGGCAUAUCAAGUUGGUAGAGAAGAGGCUUUGCAGCAGAGGAGGAAUGAUUUGGAGGAUGAUGAAGAAAAUCUCGGCUAUGCUGAAACGUAUUCCGAAUACACACCAGCAAAACUUCGAUCUGGAAUGGCACAUCCUGAUAGUGUUGUCGAAUCAGCUUCACUAAGCAGUGUCUCACCUCCAGACGUCAAGUAUCAAAUUUCAAUUCCUGAAUAUCUUAUCGAUAUGGGACAUAUUUCUGCACUUCAACUUGAAGCUGUCAUUUACGCGUGUCAGAUGCAUGAACGACGAAUGCCAUCUGGCGAACGAUACGGAUAUUUGAUUGGUGACGGAGCUGGUGUAGGAAAAGGAAGAACUGUCGCUUGCAUUAUUUUUGAGAAUUAUCUUCAGGGUCGAAAGCGUGCCAUCUGGCUUUCAGUUUCCUCUGAUCUGAAAUUCGAUGCUGAACGUGAUCUUCGAGAUUGUGGUGCACCAAACAUUCCUGUUUACGCUCUCAACAAGAUGAAAUAUGCUAAAAUUUCUGGAAAAGAAAACGGAAGCAUCAAGAAGGGUGUGAUGUUCGCCACAUACACUUCGCUUAUCGGAGAGUGUCGAGGAGCCAAGUCCAGAAAGUAUCGAAGUCGUAUUAGUCAAUUGAUACAAUGGUUUGGUCAAGAUUAUGACGGAGUUAUCAUUCUCGAUGAAUGUCAUAGAGCCAAGAAUUUAGUACCAACUGCUGGAGCCAAACCAACAAAAACUGGACGAAUGGUCUUAGAACUUCAAAAAGCUCUUCCAAAUGCUCGUGUAGUCUAUGCAUCAGCAACUGGAGCUACUGAACCACGUAACAUGGCAUAUAUGACACGUCUUGGUCUUUGGGGAGAACGGCAAGCAUUCCCAGAAUUCCAUGAUUUUAUUUCUGCUGUUGAACGACGCGGUGUUGGAGCUAUGGAAAUUGUGGCAAUGGACAUGAAACAACGUGGUUUAUAUCUGGCAAGACAACUUUCGUUCCGAGGUGUAUCUUUCGCAGUACAAGAAGUUCAGUUGUCUAGUGAGUUUGUUAAGAUGUACGAUGCUGCGGUCAAGCUGUGGAUGGAGGCCAGAAGACAAUUCCAGACAGUCAUUGAAACUAUGGAUGAAGAAGAACGCUCGACUUGCAAAACGGUUUGGGGACAGUUCUGGGCCUGUCAUCAACGUUUCUUCAAAUAUCUCUGCAUUGCUGCAAAAGUCGACACAUGUGUUCAACUUUCUCGUGAAGCCAUUAAAGCCAAGAAAUGCGUCGUAAUCGGCCUUCAGUCCACUGGAGAAUCUGCAACGUUGGAAACUCUUGAGGAAAUGGGUGGAGAGCUUAAUGAGUUUGUUUCCACUGCCAAAACGGUGCUUUAUGGUCUCAUCGACAAACAUUUCCCAACAGAUGCAUCAUUUUCUAUGGGCGAUAGAGAUAUUUUCAAAGAUUUUGAUGACUUCGAACGACCUGCAAAACGAAGGAAAACACGAGAAACUUUGAGCUUCCUCGGAGAUGUUGGUUUUGAUACUUGGACUGGUGUGACAACUGGAAUGGGUGGAAGAGUUGGAGAUGGCGUCACAAAGAAUAUAACAAGAGGUUUGAGUGGUAUCGGAAGGUCUUCAAUGUCAUCAUCGACAGGAAAUACUAAUAAUGAAGAUGCCAACUCAACAACCAGUGAAAGUUCUGAUGGAUCCGAUGAUGAAGUGGAAAAUGACAUGAUUUCGGAGAAUGGUGGUGAAAGUGGAGACUUGGAAAGUGCAAGAGAAGAAGCGGAAGGAGCUAGAACUCUGGAAGAUGGAGAACAAGAUGAAUGGGUUAAAGCACUGCUGGCAGAAGCUGAAUCAUCAAGUGACGAUAGUGAUGAAGAGGUGGUAAAAGAUGAGGAUGAAGAUGAAGAAGCUGAGUCAAAAAGUGGGGAGACGCACGAACAAGAGGAAGAGUUUAAUCCGUUUAUGUGUGAUUUUACAAACGAUGAUCCAUGGGCACACAAUCAACAAAUUGUCGAAGAUACCCCUCAAAAAGAUCGGAAAGCUAAAAAACGAAAACGAGAUGAAGAGGAAGCUGAACGAUUGCGCGAGAAAGUCCGAAAACGUGAAGAAAGACGAGAAAAGAAGCGGCGGAGAGCUAUUCGAAGGGCUGAAAGAGAGAAACAACGAAGAAAUGAAGAGCUUCAAGCACGCGGAUCUGCUACGGAUUUUAUCACUUCAUCUAGAAUCUGUGGAAAUGGAUCGGGUGAACAAGAUGACAUCAAUCCUAUGCUUAUUAAAACUGAACUUCUUGCUGCCGUCGAAAGACUUGCUCCGUCCCUUCCAGCUAAUACCUUAGAUCAAUUAAUUGAUGAGAUGGGUGGACCGGAAUAUGUUGCUGAAAUGACUGGAAGACGUGGACACAUGGUGACUUCUGAAACUGGAGAUGUAAUGUAUCAGAGAAGAAAUGCGAAUGCAGAAGUUUCACUUGAACUCAUUAAUAUGGAAGAGAAGGAGAAGUUUAUGAGAGGAGAGAAGCUUAUCGCUAUCAUCUCUGAAGCAGCUUCUUCUGGAAUCUCAUUGCAAUCUGAUCGACGUGCCAUAAACAAGAGACGUCGCGUCCAUAUCACGUUAGAACUUCCGUGGUCUGCUGACAAGGCUAUUCAACAAUUCGGACGUACUCAUCGUUCCAAUCAAGUUUCUGGUCCAGAAUAUGUUUUUCUCAUAUCCGAGUUGGCAGGAGAAAAACGAUUCGCGUCGAUUGUUGCAAAACGUCUUGAGUCACUUGGUGCACUCACUCAUGGAGAUCGUCGGGCCACUGAAACUCGUGAUUUGUCUCAGUUCAACAUGGAUAACAAGUACGGAAGAGUAGCUUUGGAUACUCUUCUGAAGACUGUCAUUGGACAAGCUGGAACACCAUUGAUUGAUCCACCAAAAGACUACAAAGCUGGAGAAUUUUUCGAAGAUAUGCGACUUUACAUGGAGGGUGUUGGUCUCCUCGCCAAGAACAAAACUGGUCAAUAUACAAUUGAAAAGGAGGCUGCCACAAUUCCAAAGUUCCUCAACAGAAUACUCGGAUUACCCGUUCACGCUCAAAAUUCUUUAUUCCAUUAUUUCUCGGAAAUCGUUGCUGAACUUAUAGCCCAGUCAAAGCAUGAUGGAACAUAUGACACUGGAAUCAUGGAUCUUGGAACCGGCGACGAUCAAGUACGUAAACUGGAGACUCGUGUCUUCACUGGCCGCGUUGACAAUGGCAGUUUCCGCGUGGAAAUUCACAAAAUUGGAGUUGAGCGAGGGGUCAGUUGGGAAGAAGCCAUGGAGUUGCACAAAGAGCACAGCAACGAUGAUGACGGUUUCUACAUUUGUCAUCCCGGCGGUGCCAACACAGCGAACACUAAGAAAGUUGCUGCGUUGGUUUAUGGAAUCGGAAAGAUUCGAAUGGACAAUGGUGCUCGUCUUUAUGCAAUAACUCGUCCUUCCACUGGUCGUUCACCGAAAUUGAUGACAAUGGCUGACUUGAGUAAACGUUUCCAUAAAGUUUCAAUCGAUGAAGCCAAGGAGGUUUGGAAGCAGCAAUACGAUUCUGCUGCUAACAUGUGUCAACACAACUACGUCUACGGCAAGUGUCGAACCGAAUCAAACGGAACUUAUUGCGAAGUCGGUCGUCGUACUCGUACCUAUUUUGUGCUAUCCGGCUCUGUUCUCUCCGUUUGGCCAAUUGUGGAAGAAGUACUUGCUGGAAGUGAUCGAAAGUCAUCUCGAAUGCAAGUGAUUCGUGUACGAACUGAACAGGAUCAGAAGAUUGUUGGCCUUCUCGUCCUGCCCACACACGUCCGCCAUUUGGUGCAGCAACUCGAAACACAUUGUGGUCGUAGUUACGUGAAAACUGAACCCUGAUCGAUAUCAGUUUUCUCUCCAAAUAUUUGGUUUUCUUUUUUCAGUUUAUUUUUUUUUUAGAUUCCCAUUUUGUUAUCCAUUUUCAGUACAGAUAUAUAUCUGCAGAUACCACACAUUCUCUCUUUUUUGUCAUUUUUCUUCACCGAAUAUCUGGUUUUCUUCAAUUUCCCAUUUCAUCUUUCCCGCUGAGAAUUGUUUUUUAAAGUUUUCAAUUCCCACCAACAUUUGUUAUAAUUAUUUUCUCCACAUUGUUUCUCUUUCUUCUCAUCAUUAUCAUAACUUUUCUAAUUGUAUUAAUUUUGGCUUAAUUUUCCAUUUUCCUCUCCCUUUCUUCCAUUUCCCAAUUUUCUGGUUUACAGGAAUUUUUAAAACAAUUCUUUGACAAGUUUUAUUUCGGAACAGGCCUCCCCAUUUUUCCUUUGGAGUUCACUAGCUUUAACACAUGUUUUCUCUUACAAUUCAAUACAUUUUUCAUCUUUUUCCUCAAUUUUUGGCCGGUCGAUCCUUCCCAUCAAUUUCACCAGGUUUCAAGGUCAAUUUUGAUAAGAACAUAAACUCAAAACUGCCAACCAUUUAUCAGUUUGACCUGGAAAAUUUGAUGGGAAAAUGGAAAAAAAAUAAAUCGUCCAAAAAUUGAAUUUUUCUCGAGGUCUACCUGGAUCUUUUUUUUUCUUUUUUUCCCUUUCGAUACAUUUGUGUUAUUUGAGACGUGUAAUAAAAUGAAUUGUUGAUGAAUUUAA